ACUCCAAAAACAGGACUGUGAUUCUCUAUAAAAGCUAAAACCAUCUUCACGAGAGUGAACCAUACCAAAGAAGAAACAAUCAUAAUCUCCAUCCAAAAGUUUUGACAAAUCACUACAGUUUUCCAGAAUCCUCAUUUGCGAUAUCUUCUCUUCUUUAUCUUUUCUUAUCACUUUUCACUUUUUCCCCUUAACCUUCUACAAAAACCAAAGACAACAAUUAUUUUCUACAGGGGCUAGAACUCUAAAAAAAUGGUUGCGGUCGCGGACUCCAGUGCGGAUUCAGAUAUUGGGGGUCAGUUAAACUCAGGAGUUAACGAGUCUAAUCUUUUAAGUGGAAAUGGAACGAUUCCAAGAACUAACAGUGGUUGUGGCUAUUUGUCCUCAACGACUACAGCAAUGACUUAUGAGCCUUGUGUUUCUUGCACUACCUUUAACAUCCUGGCUCCUAUCUACAAGCGACUUGAUCAAAAGAAUCAAAGUCUUCGUGAAAGCAAUUUCAGAGCAGUCUGGCUCUCUAGAAACCAGAAGAUUUUGAAUUGGUUGCUUCUCGAGAGAUCUUCAAUUAUAUGUCUCCAGGAAUUCUGGGUUGGAAAUGAAGAACUUGUGCAUAUGUACCAGCAGAGACUUGGUGAUGCUGGCUAUGUAACUUUCCAGCUUGCACGAACCAAUAACCGUGGAGAUGGCCUGCUUACUGCUGUGCGUAAGGACUACUUUACAAUUCUAAAUUAUCGAGAGUUGCUCUUCAAUGACUGUGGAGACCGUGUUGCUCAGCUAUUGCAUGUUCAGCUGGCCUUUCCCUUUUCACAAAACCGGAAAGGCAAUGCUCAGCAAGAAUUUCUUAUUGUUAACACUCACUUGUUAUUUCCUCAUGAUUCCUGUCUAUCUGUAGUUAGACUGCAUCAGGUUUACAAAAUACUCCAAUUUGUGGAACAAUAUCAGAGAGAAAACAAACUUAACUAUACGCCAAUCCUACUCUGUGGUGAUUGGAAUGGAAGCAAGCGUGGACAUGUUUACAAAUUCCUGAGGUCUCAAGGGUUUGUAUCUUCAUAUGACAUUGCCCAUCAAUAUACUGACAGUGAUGCAGAUGCCCACAGGUGGGUGAGCCACCGAAAUCAUAGGGGUAACAUCUGUGGUGUUGAUUUCAUAUUGCUGUGUAAUCCUAAUAAAUCAAGGAAACCAUUGAAGAAGAGUUGGGCUGAAGCAGUGUUUGGAAUAAUAAAGUGUCAGCUCCAAAAAGCCUCGUUGGUUGAAAAUAAUGCAUUUGCGUUUUUAAAGGCUGGCAACCAUGGGAAUUUUAUAACAUAUUCAGCUUUCUGUGAAGCACUCCGCCAGGUAAAUUUAAUUGGUCUUCCUUACGGACUCACUUCCCAGGAGACGGAAGAUUUAUGGAUGCAAGCUGACAUUAAUGGAAAUGGAGUUGUCGAGUAUGAAGAAUUUAAGCGAAGGAUUUGGAAUUCAGAAUGCGCAGAGCUAAGAGAGGAGAAUUGCAGUGAGAGGACUGGGGACUCUGAACAUGACAUAGUGGAAGAAGCCAUUGGUUUCAAUGUCAAGAAUGCAGUUCUAUUCCCCCGUGAAGCCGAGAAAGGCAUGUGGCCAGAAAAUUAUUCUCUCUCUGAUCAUGCUCGACUCACCGUUGUGUUUUCUCCGGUUAGAAUGCAGUGUUCUCAGCGUGUGACACGUUUGUAGAUGAAACUGGCUCAAAAACUAUGGGGUAGAUAAGAAAGUGGAGUUUUUAUAUCAGAAACAACUGAUUAUAGCGAUACAUAUCUCUGGGGGUAACUAGCUCUGGUCUAGCCUCAGCCAAGUUUUUCAGGCAAAGAGAGAACUACGUAUCCCAGAUGUCUUGGAUUGUAAUGUGAAAUGGCAAAUCAGAACCAUUUUGCAAGAACCAUCCAAAAUGUAUAAAUUUAUGAAUUCAUAAGUGCAAACUCCAUCAAUUUUACUACAAUAUUAUUUAUUUUUCUCGA